AUGAAUGAGGAUUUAGAAGCGUUAGUUAGUAAACCAUCCAAGGAGGAACGUGAAGAAUGCUUAAACGUGCGCUUAUAUAUAGCACAGAUUUUGUUUAUCUUUAUUGUAUGCUUCGUAAUUUUUUUUUUUUUUUUCAUAUUAUUUUUUCUAGGAGUUUUUUGA